AUGUCUCCAAAGCAGGCAAUUUGCGAAUCAUUCGUGUUUGAUUUUAUGCCUGACACCCUUGGAUCUCUCAUCGAUAAUAAUGCACUCGAUUUUGUCGACAUAAAACUUUAUACUUGGCAAAUGUUCAAUGGGCUUCAGUAUCUUUGCCAACUUCAAAUCAUGCACAGAGAUAUAAAACCUGUAAAUAUUCUUGUCGAUCAUUUGCAAGGACUUUUGAAAAUAGGUGACUUUGGUUCUGCCAAAGUCGUCAGGCCAGGAAUGAGUUCAACCCCAUAUCAAGUAACACGCUUUUACCGACCUCCUGAGUUACUGCUUGGAUCGGAGAACUACAAUUGGACUGUUGAUAUAUGGUCGGCAGGAUGUGUGUUGGGUGAAAUGGUAAAAGGAAAUGUUUUGUUUCCUGGGCGGGAUACAAAACAUCAAUUAAAGUUAAUUCGACGUGCACUUGGCAGCCCAACAGAAGCGGAUAUGAGACCUCGAUCUCGGUUAGGUGGAAAAGAAGUACUUCGCGAUCCUUUCUUCGACUCAAUAUUUCGGUUUGCAAGCGAAAUUUGCGUGAAGUAAGU